CAAGAUUUCAGUUCAUUUCGUUCUCUCAGUCUCUGUUUCAGUCCCUUUCCCCUUCUCUGUCUUGUGCUUAUCCUGCGCACACCCUAUGGCGCCCGAUAUCCAGCUUCCCUGCGAUGGAGAUGGCGUCUGCAUGCGCUGCAAGGCAGUGCCGACUGCCGAAGAAACUCUUACGUGCAAUACGUGCGUUACUCCUUGGCAUGUGACUUGCCUUUCUUCUCCGCCGGAAACCCUAGCAUCCACUCUCCAGUGGGAGUGCCCUGACUGUUCUGGAGAACCCGCUGCCCCCGCAGUGGCUGUCACCGGUGGUAGAAGUGAGCUGGUGGCUGCUAUAAGGGAGAUUGAAGCGGAUGCGACGCUUACGGAGAAGGCGAAGGCAAGAAAGAGGCAGGAGUUGUUAAGUGGGAAGGUGGAGGAGGAAGAUGUGAAGAAGAAAGGAAAAGGGAAGGAGACGGAAAGUGGGGGUGAUGUGUUGGAUAUUCUUGACGAGAGUUUUAAGUGUUCUUUCUGUAUGCAAUUGCCUGAGAGACCCGUUACUACACCAUGUGGGCACAAUUUCUGUUUGAAAUGCUUCCAGAAAUGGAUUGGACAAGGGAAGCUAACCUGUGCUAAAUGUCGGAGCACAAUUCCCUCAAAAAUGGCCAGUCAGCCACGUAUUAAUUCUAGUCUUGUGGCUGCCAUUCGUAUGGCAAAGCUGUCAAAAACAAUUGUUGCUGGAGGGCUCCCGAAGGUUUACCAUUUUGUACAUAAUCAAAACAGGCCAGACAAGGCAUACACUACGGAACGGGCGCAGAGGGCUGGUAAGGCCAAUGCUUGCAGUGGGAAGAUAUUUGUCACUGUGCCACCAGAUCAUUUUGGGCCUAUCCCAGCAGAAAAUGAUCCUGAGAGAAAUCAGGGUGUUUUGGUUGGGGAGUGUUGGGAGGAUAGACUGGAAUGCAGGCAAUGGGGUGUACACCUUCCCCAUGUUGCUGGUAUUGCUGGGCAAGCAAACUAUGGUGCACAGUCAGUGGCACUUUCUGGAGGCUAUGUGGAUGAUGAAGAUCAUGGAGAAUGGUUCUUGUACACUGGAAGUGGUGGUAGAGAUCUUAGCGGAAACAAACGGACUAACAAGGAACAAUCCUUUGACCAAACUUUUGAGAAAUAUAAUCAGGCUCUUAGAGUGAGUUGCAAAAAGGGAUAUCCUAUAAGGGUUGUCAGGUCCCACAAGGAGAAGCGUUCUUCAUAUGCACCUGAGAGUGGGGUGCGUUAUGAUGGGGUUUAUAGGAUAGAAAAAUGUUGGCGUAAGGUUGGAAUUCAAGGCCACAAGGUCUGUCGCUACUUGUUUGUUAGAUGCGACAACGAACCUGCUCCUUGGACAAGUGAUGAGCAUGGGGAUCGACCAAGAUCUUUGCCUGUCAUAAAAGAGCUGGCCAAGGCAACCGACAUAACUGAGAGAAAGGAAAGUCCUUCAUGGGACUAUGAUGAAGAAGAUGGUAGCUGGAAGUGGAAAAUACCUCCACCUCCUAGCCAAAAACCAGUUGAUACUGGAAACCCUGAGGACAGGAAGAGGUCUCAGAAAGCUAUAAAGAGAGCACGGCAUAUGAAUGUCAAGGAGAAGCUGCUAAAAGAAUUCAGUUGUCAAAUAUGUGGGAAUGUGAUGAAUCAACCGAUUACAACUCCUUGUGCACAUAACUUCUGUAAGUCAUGCUUGGAAGGUGCAUUUGCUGGCAAGACUAUUAUAAGAGAGAGAAGUAGUGGUGGGCGGACACUAAGAGCACAGAAGAAUGUCAUGAAGUGCCCUAAGUGUCCAACAGACAUCUCUGAUUUCCUUCAAGAUCCUAAGAUUAACCGAGAGUUGAUGGCUGUGAUUGAGUCGCUCCAACGCCAAAUAGAAGAGAAUUUGGAUAAUGUAAAGGAUGUAAGUGACGAUGAGGCAGAUGGGUCUGAGGAGAAUCCUACUGAAGCUGGAGAGAAUGAUUGUGAGAAUGCUGCUCCCAAUACUUCGGAGGGUCCAUCAAUCAAACCCACUGAGAAGAAAGUUGAUCACAGGGAAAAUCCUGUAAACAAUGAAGUUGUAACAAAUGUUUCUGAAAAGGCUGGAGUUGCCAAUUUGGAGGGACCUAAAGGUAAUUACAAACUCCAGAGGGUCAACAAGAAGAGGAAAGUUAGUUUUGAAGGUAGCUCAGUUAACAAAGAUGAAAGAGAGAAUGGGAAUGGAAUUGGUGAAGGUGAUAGUGUGAACCCACAAGUCCCUGCAGCGAAGCGUGCGAAAAUGAAUGUUGCUGACAGUGUAGUUCAGCCAUUGGAAGAACCUGCUGCUGGGGUGAAGAGUAGGAGCUCAGUUCAGGAAGCAACAGCCAAUGGCAAUGAUUCACCAUCAAGUCCUCUCAUUGUGCGAUCAUCUGAUGAUGAUUUUGAAUGAUGAGCUUUCAGUCUUAACCUUUUAUGUGGGUUGAUGAGAAAAUCUUACCAAGUUCAUGGUGACUUAAGAAAUUGAUGGGUGCAGCAUUCAUAUGCAUGAUUUUUUAAAUGGCUUGGAAGCAAGGUCUGUUUUUAUGGAGGCUAAGCAGUAAAAGCAGUGUGUAAUCUGAAGACAUUCACCUUGUUUUUGUAUGUGUAACUGUGGGUUAAACUGUUUUUAUUACUAAAUGAAUGUUGUAGCAGACACAAAUGGUUCAGACAUAGUCGCAGUCAUUUAAGAUUAUAAAAAAUUAGAAGCAAUGUGGAAAUCAGAAGUGUGAAGGGGAGAUUUCGUCUUUCUCAGAAUAAAAUAAUAUUAGUAUUUGUACUUUCA